AUGCCGGGGACCUUGAUACCGCCCUGGUUUGUCGACAAUGCGCCAACUCCAGAUGAGUUCGCCACUGCCAGCGUGAUAUGGGGCAUCUCCCUGGGCCUCACUAUCUUCGCUAUCAUCCGAGCAACGAACCAGACCUAUCAUCAAUGGAUUCGAAAACACAACGUCACCGCAUACAUGGUCUUUAUCUGGCUCGAGCUCGUAUCGAGCGCUAUCAUCGGAGGAACAGCUUGGGGAUACAUGCGAGGAGAUAUACCACCUAGGUUUACCCAUUGCAUCCUACAAAUAAUCAUUAAUCGUAUCGGUCUAAUCGCUCUCAACAAAGUCUUCAUCCACCGCCUCAAGUGGGCUGUGUUUAUCAUCGUCCUUAUGAUCAACAUAGCUGUGGCUUGUAUCUGGAUCCCCAGUCGUCUCCAGAUAUCUAAAACAUACAUCACCAUCAACAAUUACUGGGACAGGGCCGAAAAAGCGGUCCUCGCCGUUAUUGAUCUUUGUUUGAACGUUUACUUUGUCUAUCUUGUCCGUUCCAGCCUCAUCUCGUACGGACUUACCAAAUACGUGCGGCUCUAUCGCUUCAACCUCUUCAUGAUCGCGAUUUCGUUAUCUAUGGAUGUACUCAUCAUUGCGAUGAUGUCUCUCGCCAAUACUUUCCUGUCAGAAAAGUCCUUGUACCCGCCAGUAACCAUCUCUCAACUAACAUAA